UCAAUGAAUUAUUCAUUUUUUCAUAUGUACAUAUUAAUUCCUAUAUAUUUGAAAUGUAUCAGAUACUUUUCCUACUUCUGACUGCUGCUGUUACAGUCGAGGCUUACAUUGCUUGUACUCCAGAAAUAUGCGAGAGCCAAAAACCAUGCACGUCCGUAGAAUGUGGAGAAAAUGAAACCUACGAAGAAAAGGGUGGAUUCUGUGGAUGUUGUCCCGCAUGCAUUACAUAUUUAGAUGUAGGAGAAAAAUGCCCACCACCUCUUUUUGUAGGAGGUCCACCACCUACAACAAAGUGUAGAGAUGAUCUAAGUUGUCAAAAAAAUGAAGAUGGUGAUUACGUAUGCACUUGCACUUGCAAUUAA